AGGAGCCGGGCGUGGCUCAGUCGUGGCUCAGUCGGCCAGCUGUGUGCGCGGACGAGACGUGUGACCCGUCGCAUUGGUUUUAAGACCCCCCAACUGUACGCUCCUCACUCCUUUGCGUUUUUCGACUUUGGUUCAGUUUUGAAACCCAUCUUUUACAUCCAACAUGACGACCGAAACCGACACUAAGCCCGUGGAGCAGACCGAGGAGAAGAAGGAGGAGGUGAAGGACGAAGUCAAGAAGGAGGAGGCGGAGGUGAACAACGCCGAGGAAAAGGCGGACGACAAGGCAGAGAAAGCGGACAAGGAGAAGAAGGACGAGAAGAAGGAAGCCAAGCCGAAGAAAGAGCCCGCCCCUCCCAAGCCGGCGGUGCACAAGCUGGAUUUCGAGAAGGACGUGGUGUACCUGUACCAAUUCACCCGCACGCCCGUCCUGCCCUCGCUCAGCCCCUACUGCCUCAAGGUGGAGACCUGGCUGAGGCUCGCUGGUUUGAAGUACGAGAAUGUUGACCACAAGAUGAAGUACAAGAGCAAGAAGGGUCAGCUGCCCUUCGUGGAGGUGAACGGCGAGGAGAUCGCGGACUCCGCCAUCAUCAUCAAGGAGUUGGGUCAGCGCUACAACCAAGACCUGGACGCCGGACUCUCCGCCGAGCAGCGCAACGUCGCGCACGCAACCAUCUCCAUGAUAGAGAACCACUUCGCAUGGGUGGUUAAGUCAUGGCGCACCAAGAAUCCUGCUGGCAUGCUGGGUGCCUACAAGAUGGACUUGCAGCAGAUCACUGAAAAGAAGUGGCCCAAGCCAGUCCUUGAGUUCAUCUUCAAGCUUAAGUUCAGGAGGGCUGCCAAGAAGGUCCGCGCCCAUGGAAUCGGUGUGCACAAGCCAGAGGAGAUUGAGGAGUUCGGACACAAUGACCUGAUGGUUCUUUCAGACCUUCUAGGAGACAAACCUUUCUUCUUCGGUGAUUCUCCCACGACGCUUGACGUGGUUGCCUUUGCUAACCUGGCUCAGGUAGCCUUCAUGGACAAGGAAGUGAGCUACACACUCCGCGACUGGAUGACCGAGAACUGCACCAACCUGGUCGAGUUCUGCAACCGCGUGAAGGAGCGCGCCUUCCCCGACUGGGACGACAUGUGCACCAACCUGGACCUGAACUCCCACCUGCCCAAGCCUCCACCUGAGGAGGAAAAGAAGGAAGAGGAGAAGGCAGGUGAGGAGAAGGCGAAGGAGGAGGAAAAGAAGGACGAAAAGGAAAAGGAAAAGGACGACUCUGAAAAGGAGAAGGCACAAAAGGACGAGAAGGAGGGUGAAAAGGAAGACAACAAGAAGACAGAAGAGAAAGAGAAAGAAGAGAAGAAGUAAAAGUUUGUCAAAGUUGUUGAAAGCAAUUGAGAACCAAAUCUAUUUGUAAUAUAUGUGAUAAAUGUUGUUUGAAAGGCUUUUUUUUUUGCUUGAUACACUUUGUAUAGAUCUUCUUGUUAGCGUGGAACACAGCACCUCCCCUGUGCCGACUUAGUCGAUAACAUUUUCAGUGGCCACUGUCAGAAAUGAGCUCGUUCUAACCUUCAUUAACAAUGGUAGGGAACAGUCAGUCAAGGAAAAAGCUCUAUUUUUUUCUAUAGGACCUACAUACCCAAGUUGUUGCCAAGUAAUUGUAUGCAGCUCAUAGUACUUGGUGAGCACGUGUUCAAAUGGGCUGUAAGGAUCCCCCACCUUCUUCCUUACUGGCUGAUCUUGCUACCAGAGUUUGUUUUAUAUUUCUCUCUCUCCUUGUAGUUUUUUUUUUUUUUUUUGGUCCAGGUAUUUGUACUGUAGUUCGACACAACCUUGACCGCUCAUACUAUUUUUUUCCUCAAUGGUAAUGACAAGAUUUAUAUUCAAGAAUUGCAUUGAAAGACAAAUGGGCAAGAUGAUGACGUUGAAGGUUUGAACCGGUCGAGUCAUAUUUUCUGUGUGGCUUUCAUAGCUUGUAGGUUUAUUCAGUAUGAGUUUUUAGUUGAAGACUAUGUUUUUAAGAGCAGUAUUAUUCAUGGAAAAUGAGUUUGCUACUUUUUGCUACCAUGACAAAUUCUUUCUCAUUUUUUUAUCACUUUUGUACUAUUAGUUUGUACAUUACUAGCUUUUAAUAUGGCAUCUAGAACAUUAUGAUAGUUUUUACACAUGGAAGUUAUUUUGUAAUAAGGAAAUACUCAAUUUAUAGGUUCUCUUUGAUACCAGAGGGACUGGGACUCCCACCGCUUCUUGUGAUAGGAAAUGCUCAUUAGUCAAGCGUGUGGAGUAUUGAGGGUUCUUGCUUGGAAACCCCAUCUUGGCCUGAAGUUUGCUUGUACAAGUCCUUCUAAAAGUCUCCCAUUCCAGUAUGUAAUAUAUGCGAAAAUAUGAUCCCAGUUCCCAUUCUCUUAAACCUUCUCUUGAGAUUUUUUUUUUUUAAGAUACUGAAAGUCAGGAUGAAGUGUGCAAGCAACAUGUUGCAAUGGGCUAGGCAGGGAGGGUUUAUUUGAAGCCCCCCUCUGCCUGCCAUCGUCAAAUGAGGUAUCCCAAGAACCCAAGAUAAACCCCCGCUUGCUAAAACCCCUCGAAUUCGGUACGACCCAAAGACAGUUUCACGGCACCAAAGUAGUCAAUAGGGAACAAAGUGCCGCACAAUCAAAAUUAUAGUAAGGCACAAGGAGUAUAUAGCAGGAGAAGCUUAAGCGUGCUGAGAGAGAGUGGAAAAAUCACUUGGUCUUUGUAAGGUAUUAAGAAUUUUAUACUAUACUAAAGGAACUUGCACAGUAUUUUCGGUCGAUAAUUGUGCUGUGAUAACCAAAACACCAGUUUUGUAAGAUGAAAAGUGCUAAAUAGAAGUUAAGCCAUUCAUACAAUGAACUUUGUAGCCUUGCGCUUUGUCCAAAAUUUGCAAAAGAGAGAAACCAGACAUUCGCUCCUGUUGCUGACAUUUCGGCUAGAUUUUUGCCCCACCCUUGAAGUCUUGGUAGACCCUUGAGAGUGUAUACCAUGUUUGUACCCUAGCUUUUGUACACUUGGUAACUUGAGGCUUCAGCAUUCUUGUAGUAGAUGUAUCUGGCAUUUCUAUUAUAGGCACAUAACACCACAGUUAUCAUGUAUACACAGACGUAUUUAUGUUCCUCAAUAAAUGUAUCCUUUUAGGAAUUGUUACUUAUUUGUUCCAACUUUUUUCUUUCUUUGGAGUCUUAUCAGAUUGUUACCAGUUUGUGAUUAAAACAUAGAAAGUGGUUUCUAUUAUAAGAUGCUGUUGAACUUGUGACAAAGCUGAUUACUUCAUUAAAUAUUUUAGACGGAGUUCUUGUUCAAUUUGGAUAAACCUUUUUGUGUCUGUGAAAAAGUGAACAUUGAACAAGAUCUGACAAUGGAAAUGAGAUCAAUAAAAAUUAUAAAUAA